GGAAAAUGUGCUUGUUUACUCUUCGGCUAAGUUGUCACUGUGACCACGCGUGUGACCGAACACUUUCUUUCAACUUUUGUCUGCGACAGCCAGCCCACCCACAAGUCACUCGUUAAUUCUUCCUUCCGUUGCCAAGUCUCUUGGAAAGCAAAUUAUAGCUGGAAAAUGGGUGCUAAUCUCUCGAAGGCAUUAGGGAAAAUAUUUGGGAAUAAGGAAAUGAGAUUGCUGAUGUUAGGAUUGGAUGCCGCUGGGAAGACUACCAUUCUCUACAAACUCAAGCUGAACCAAUCCGUGACGACAAUUCCAACAGUUGGUUUCAACGUUGAAACGGUAACGUACAAGAACGUCAAAUUCAAUGUCUGGGAUGUCGGAGGGCAAGACAAGAUUCGGCCGCUAUGGAGACAUUAUUACACGGGAACCCAGGGCCUUGUGUUCGUGGUUGACAGUCAGGACCGAGAGCGGAUUGACGAGGCGAAGCAAGAGCUUCACCGGAUAUUGGGUGACCGAGAGAUGAAGGAUUGCUUGCUAUUGGUUUUUGCUAACAAGCAGGAUUUACCGGGAGCAAUGUCACCAGCUGAAGUCACAGAGAAGUUGGGCCUUCACAGAAUGCGGGAUCGGUCGUGGUACGUUCACCCUAGUUGUGCAACCACUGGGGAAGGCUUGUUCGAAGGGCUGCAGUGGCUGUCUCAAAACGUCAAGAAGCGCCAACAGUAAACGCACACCAGUCUCUUUUCCUAUGUUUUCAAUACUACGAGACCUUGCCCUCUCACCACGUUGUGGUACGUAGUGCCCCCGUGAACCCCGCCAGCCGUUACACCCUCCCAAACACAAUACUUGCUUAUGGUUAUGCAUGGAACGCAACGCCCACGUCGUCAAAUGGACAUCUACACCCAUACGUCAUGCCUUUCGUUUUUUGUCUGUUUUUUGAUAUUCUUUUUCCAUACCCCCUUCAUAUCUGUUAUCACUUCAUUCGUUCGUCACCGGCCGGUAGUAUCUCGCACUAAUGGAUGAUCUCACAUGCCUCAUUUGAGAAAGCGAUUUUUUUGAACGAGCGGAAGGACUGCACGAGCAUCUAGUAUCUUUCCCAUUCUCCUUGAGUGAUCACAUUUGUGCAUGUCGCUAAUGAUGCGUUGAACCGGGCUUAGGUGACAGUCAUCAAGCUGCCCUCAGCAACGUGGCACCACAAAGGCAAACUUAACAAUAAUGGCGCUACAAUUUUGGAUGUCGCUUGUAACUCGGAUUGCCAAGUAUGAUUAUAAUUUCCAAUUGAUAAAAUGUUUCAUUUCCAUACAGUAUACUCUGCAUAAAAAUUGCACCGUUUCAAUGCCUA